AUGAGAAAUGAAUUAAUUGUGCCAGCCCAGUUUAUAGCCGGUCGGACAGGAGCAGGUCUUCUUAUUCUCAACGGUUUCACCUUUUACAUGAAGAACCAUCAAGCGCAUGGCAAGAAACAAUGGUAUUGCUCUUCCCGAGAUGUCCACGGAUGUCGCGCUGAUGUAAUUACAUACAGAGAUAUAUAUUAUCUACCCUCUCAUCGAAGCGGCAGUAUGGUUCUUAUUUUCAAGGAGAAUAAAUACUGGAUUAAUAAUCGGUAUCAGAAUACCAUAAAUUGGACUUGCAGAGAUAGAAAGCGUAUUGGUUGCAACAGUUGUGUUCAGACUACGGUAGAAGGGCGCUACAUCAAGCAUAAGGGCUUUCAUAAUCAUGAAGAUAAUUACACUAAAUAUAAUUUCAAUGACUGAUGCCGCGAUUCUUUCUCUACCUUGCCUGUUAUCACAUCAGUUGAAAGUAUUACAAAGGAGUAAGGUUAUUAUUAAUAAAAUGUACGUGAGUAGGCAUAGAGAAAGGAUAAUUGUACUUAUCCAAUAGUUGAUAUUACCCAUAUUUAGCUUAAAAUCGUCAUUCCAAUUCAGUGAGUUUUUUGUGUAAGAAGUUGGAUGUAUUAUUUAGAUUAUUUAAUCUAUAUAUAUAUUAGUUUAGAAUUAAACCUUAAUUUUGUAUUUUUAAUCAAAUAUAUGCGUAAAUGUAAGUGUCAAAUGUACUUAAGUUUAAGAUUAUGUUUAGUUUGAGACACAAUUUAUUACUAGUCAUCUUAAUUGCGUGAUAUCUUCCACGUGCCAAAUUUUUCUUUUAGACCUUAGGCAUAAUAUUCUUGGUGUAUUCAACCCUCGUCUCGUACAAGCAUAAAGUUUUGCGCCAAUUAAUGAAAAAUUGAGGUGAUUAUGCAAAUUUUAUGCCACUUACCACAAGAUGGCGUAAUUUUAAAUAAAUAAAAAAAUAUCUUAUUCAAUUGUAAAUAUCAUACGUAUAAAGUAUUUCUUAAAACAGACGUUCUUUGCGUCAACAAAAUGAACUUUAUUGUUAUCCGAAAUUAAACAUUCUUUCUUACGUUCACAAAUAGAAUCAAAUCAUGCUUUAGAUUUAGAAACAAAUGUCUUAAUACUUAAACUUAUAUUGUUGCACGUCUACUUUGUAAGAAUAUACUUAAUCUUUAAAAAAAAACAUGUUUUUCUACGCAAAAAUGAAUAUGAAUUUCUAUCCAGCGAUUACUAUGUUUAGGUUUUUUGCUAGCCAUCACGCUGCAGAGCUACUGAGAAAGAAAUUAUUUUUUUAUCCCUAAUCCCUAAGUCGAUAGGAAUGCACACGAAAUAUUUUUUUUUUACACACGACUCGAAUACCAAACAAGAUAUUAUUACUUGAACGAUCUCCGUUAUAGGAUAAAGGGUCCUUUUUAAGUUAUCUAGUGUUAUAAUAUAAUGUUAAAACCGGUAAUUUGUUUCAGUCAAGUAUAUUAUCUCAAGCCAUAGGGGAAAAGAAGUAGCGAUGUUUAAUAACUAUACAUUUGCGAAACACUACCCAGUAAAGAGCGGUUAUCGUUGGAAGUGCUCCAGUCAGUAUUCCAAAGGCUGCUCAGCGUUUUUAGUCAUAAGCCACGAAGGAAAGCUUCUUAAAAAAAAGGAAUCUCACACCCAUUAUCCUCCAAAGUAUUUGAUGAAUAAUAGUAUGUAUGUCAGAUGUAAAGUGCUGCCUACUACUGUAUAGUUAGAAAUAGUUUAAAAUGCAGUCACUUAUAAAUUAUGCAGUUUUAGGGGUAAGAUUUAGUGGGAAUUGUCGCGGCUAUUGUCAUACUAAAUAUCCAUUAAUGACGUAUGAAAGUCUGACUUAGCUGUCUCGUUUCUGAAUCUUGAACAGAUUUGGCAUGGUAAUGCACGCAUUGAGUAGGGAAAACCUCACGUUCUGCGCAUCUAAGAAAUGUACAACUUUGCCAGACAAUAUGUUGUGUUUACAUUUACAUUAAUAUUUGUAUGAAAAAUCGUAAAUAGCCUUCGGUAGGACAUAAUUAAGGUUUUUCGUACGUUUUACACUUGGUCAAAAUCAUGUCUUCUUCUCUUCAUAAGUAUAUGAAUCAUUUCAGUGUUGUGAUUUUGUAAAAAUGUUGUUUAUAACUGUUCCCAACUGUCAUGAGAGUCUCUUAUUGUAAAGAGAAUAAUAGUUGUGGUAGCCUGUAUCCGAACAUAAAAGCAAUGGACAUUCUCUAUGUUGUCUAUGUGUUUAGUGAAGUAUGGCAAUUAAACAGAGUGGCUGAGAGCUUCUUGUCAGUUCUUCCUGCCCGCUCUAUGGUCUUGUUUGAAAACUAAAGUAAAAGUAAAUUUAGAUCUUUAAUGUUAGGAUGCAUAACUGUGCAGAGUUACCUGUAAAACAAAUUUAGAUUUGAAUAUGGAAUAAUAAAUACUAUUAAAGUAUCAAAUAUUAGCAAAAAUUGUUAUAUAAAAAUUAUAUAUAUGGCAAAUUAUUCAACAAUAUUAUAAUACAUCAAUAAAAAUUUAGCUCAAAAAAGAAACUACAAAAAAAAUUUUUUUGUCCAACAGCGAUGUUUUAGAAAUAUGUUGGGUGGCUGUGUCAUAGACACUGCCGUAGUGAAUACCUUAUUAUAUUAAAGGUAAUGUUUAUAUGCAAUCGAGCGAUUCUGAAAUUAAAACAUAAACAUACUACCUUCUCUAAGUCAAAAGUUAUACAAAUUGCAAAAUAACCUCAAAAUGAGGGUGCUUUUCCCUCCACCGCGCGCGAUUCCUCACUGUUCUCGAUAGGGUAUAUAUUUGAUAUUUUAGCUAUCCAGUAGUGAAGUUGUAUAUAUAUACAGGAUAGAUUCGAAACUUCAACGCCAAACUGUAACCAUUUUGUUAUCAUUAGUUUUUUUUAUACAAUUACAGGGAAUACAGGGAGUAGUUUCAUAACCCUUGGGUAACAAAAACUAAAUAAGUGGUAAGAAGAGGUA